UGAAGUGCUAUAGGUGCCACCUGAUGUGCUAGAAAACGUCAAACGCGUGGCAGUUCCGCAUACUGCAACAAUUUUUUUUUGUUUACGUUUAUAGUGCAGUUAUUUCUGCAUUGCAUUUGCAUUAGUUGCGGCCGCGUUGUAUAUUGUGAGCAGCAGCAGUUGCAAUAAAAAACGAUUCGCAUCGAACUGCUCACACAUAUGCUCAUACACGCAGCUUCGUACAUUGACAUCGCAUCUGAAAUCAAAAAUUCUUAAGCGGCCGCUAGCUGGGCUAAUUAUUGUGCGGCGGUUGCUGACUAUUUGGCUUACAUUGUUGUCGCGUAGCCACUGCUGCGACGGCGACGUCGACGCCAACGCCAACUUCUACAGAGAUACGUAGACACGUCAACACAAACACGAUUUAGAAUUGGAAUUGGAAUUGGCAUAGGCAUUGGCAUUGGCAUUGGCAUUGGCAUUGGCAUUGGCAUUGGCAUUGGCAUUGGCAUUGGCAUUGGCAUUGGCAUCGGCAUUUCGGAUUCGUUGAGAGAAUCACAAUUGGGGCGAGAUGCGUGUGAGUAAUAUACGCAGCGGCCGCAUUUGCCGCAUGGUUUUGUGCUUGCUGGUCAUCUUGCCGCUGCUCUAUCUGCUGGCCAACUGGAGCGAUCAUCACAAGCGAGUCCAAGAGGCGUAUCACACGCGCUUCGGCGGACCCAAGUUCAGUCAUCAGCGGCUCGAGAAUAGGCCACGAGAGGUGCCCAAGCUAGUGGAGGGUCUGGGCAAUUUUGAGCCGAAAGAUCUGAAGCCACGUACCGGACCCGGCGAAAAUGGAGAUGGACACACGCUGUCGCCGGACAAGAAGAACGUGGCAGAUGCCUCCGAAAUGGAAUAUGGCAUGAAUAUUGCCUGCUCCGAUGAGAUAUCGAUGCACCGUUCGGUGCGGGAUACGCGUCUCGAGGAGUGCAAGCACUGGGACUAUCCAUACGAUCUGGCACCCACCAGUGUCAUCAUUGUGUUCCACAACGAAGGCUUCUCCGUGCUGAUGCGCACCGUGCACUCGGUGAUCGAUCGCUCGCCCAAGCACAUGCUGCACGAGAUCAUCCUGGUGGACGAUUUCUCGGACAAGGAGAAUCUGCGCAGCAAACUGGAUGAGUAUGUCCUGCAAUUCAAAGGCCUGGUCAAGAUCAUACGCAAUACCGAACGCGAGGGUCUCAUACGCACGCGUUCUCGUGGCGCCAUGGAGGCUACAGGUGAGGUGAUUGUGUUUCUGGAUGCGCAUUGUGAGGUGAAUCUCAACUGGCUGCCACCACUGUUGGCGCCCAUUUAUCGGGAUCGGACUGUGAUGACCGUGCCCAUCAUUGACGGCAUCGAUCACAAGAGCUUCGAGUAUCGGCCGGUCUAUGGCAGCGACAAUCAUUUCCGCGGCAUCUUCGAGUGGGGCAUGCUGUACAAGGAGAACGAGGUGCCGCGCCGUGAACAGCGUCGUCGUGCCCACAACUCUGAGCCCUAUCGCAGUCCGACGCAUGCCGGCGGUCUUUUUGCGAUUAAUCGCGAGUAUUUCCUUGAACUGGGUGCCUACGAUCCUGGCUUGCUUGUGUGGGGCGGCGAGAACUUUGAGCUGAGCUUCAAGAUCUGGCAAUGUGGCGGCAGCAUCGAAUGGGUGCCCUGCUCCCGUGUCGGCCACGUCUACCGCGGCUUUAUGCCCUACAACUUUGGCAAGCUGGCUAGCAAGAAGAAGGGUCCGUUGAUUACCAUCAACUACAAGCGUGUCAUUGAGACCUGGUUCGAUGAUACACAUAAGGAGUUCUUCUACACGCGUGAACCGCUGGCCCGUUAUCUAGACAUGGGCGAUAUUUCCGAGCAGCUGGCCCUGAAGAAGCGCCUCAAUUGCAAAUCCUUCCAAUGGUUCAUGGACAACAUCGCUUACGAUGUGGUAGACAAAUUUCCCGCCCUGCCUGCCAACUUGCAUUGGGGCGAGCUGCGUUCGGUGGCCUCCGAUGGCUGUCUGGAUUCUAUGGGUCACCAGCCGCCGGCUAUAAUGGGCCUCUCCUACUGCCAUGGCGGUGGCAAUAAUCAGCUAGUGCGAUUGAAUGCCGCCGGGCAGCUGGGCGUUGGCGAGCGCUGCGUGGAGGCCGAUCGUCAGGGCAUUAAGUUGGCCGUCUGCCGCUUGGGUACCGUGGAUGGACCCUGGAGCUACAACGAACAAACCAAACAUCUGCUGCAUCGCGUCCACAAAAAGUGCAUGGCAUUGCAUCCAACGACACAGCAGCUCUCGCUGGGACAGUGCGAUGUGAACGAUGGCUACCAGAAGUGGCUCUUCAAGGAGAUCCGUCCGCACUGGUAGGAACGUUCGGACGGUUAGGCAGCCAGGCGUCAAAGCAAUAUCUAACAAGGGUUUCAACGGGGGACGAGCAAGAGAGGACAGGCAGGGGUAAAUGGGGGUAAGGGGGUUAAACGGCGGUUUCGGCGCCGUUUUAGACAAAGGGAAUUUAGUAAAAAUGAAACAAAACGGAAUUGUUGUUGGUUUUAACACGCACUCAGACACACACACGCACACACAAGGCGUCACAAUUAUUGAUCUUCAAAUAUUUCAUGAGAAUGGGCAAGCGGUCGAGUCAGGCAUUAUCCAUUUGUGAUUCCAAAUGAGAUUGAACAAUGAUCGAUUUUAGCUCCAAGUAUUGAAAAGAACAAAAUUUAUGAAAUAAGUGUUUGCUAUAAUUUCUCAUUCGGAUAUUAACAAAUUAAUUCGUAUUUAGUAAACAAUUUGAUAUAGAGGUAAGAUCUGAUUGCCUUUUUGAGAACAAUUAGCCCAGACUAUCGCCAGCCCAAAUUAAAGAAAACGUAGGCGUGUGUGUGUGUGUGUUUGCGUGCGUGUACAUUGUUGUUGUGCACAACGCAUGCGAGCGAGUGAGAGCGGCGCUAGAGUGAGAUAGCGUCAGCAUAAGUGAAUGCAUAGUGUUUUAGCAUGUGUGCGAGCAGUGCCGCUGCCGAAAAGGAAGCGAGCGAAUCAUGUGAAUAUAUAUAUAUAUAUAUAUAUAUAUUACCUAUUGGCGCCAGAUCGUUUGCAAUAUAGCCUUGCCAGGACAUUUUUAUGAAUAUCAGCAAAAUUAUUUGUAAUCUUAUAGUACAUAUGUAUGCCUAUUAUAACUCCAUGUAACUAUGUAUAUCUCUAUAUAUGUAUUUCUUAUAUGCCUGUGUUAACUAACUAUUUUUAUUGCUGCCACAUUCCACAAAUUACUAUAGAACCUAACUCGAUGCGAUUUUGCCAAUUAAUUACUAUAAUUUUGUGUCCAUUUUUUAUUUUGAAUCAUUUAUUUGACUUUGAUUUUGUUAACUUUAAUUUAAUGUAUUUUACGUAGACGUUUAUAGAUUGGAGCUACCAAACACCCAAUUUGUAGCACGCGCAUUUUUCUCGCAGUCGCUGUGUGUUUUAAAUGUAAUUUUUAUUAUACAUUCAUAU